CUUGACUUUCAACUGCUGUUUUUUUUUGUGUAUCUAUAUAAAAUCUUUUUAGUUCGUGUUUUUCGUAUAGAUUUGGUUUUGUAUGAAAAAAAGAUAGAGAAGAUGGUUUCAUCAAUUCCAUUCUGUAUUAUUUUAGCAGUGCUUUGUUCAGAUGCGCAUUUUGUGGAAAGGAUUUCGAAUUCUACGGACGCCCUAAACUUCAUUGUCAUGGGUGACUGGGGUGGACUACCAGUGGUGCCGUACUACUCACCAUUCGAAAAGGCAACAGCAAGUGCAAUGGCUCAAGUAGCUAAAUAUAAUGACUCCAGAUACAUUUUUGCUUUGGGAGACAAUUUUUACUAUGAUGGAGUUACAAAUGUUUCUGAUCCUCGAUUUCAGACGACAUUUGAGAAUGUAUUCAGUCAACAAAGUUUGAUGGAUAUUGACUGGUUUCUUGUUGCUGGAAAUCAUGAUCAUAAUGGGAAUGUCUCAGCUCAGAUAGCAUAUUCACAUCAUUCAAGAAGAUGGCAGUUUCCUGAUAUGUGGUAUCAAGUGCAUCUUCAGAGGCCAUCCUUCAACAUGACUAUAAUAAUGAUAGACACUGUUGUUCUCUGUGGAAACACAGGUGAACAUGGUGAAUUGGAACAACCACAGGGACCGGAGAAUUUACUGAUGGCAGAGACUCAAUUAAUGUAUAUUGAAAGUGCAUUGAUGAAUGCAUCAAAGUGGUCCCAAUAUAUCUUGGUGAUGGGCCAUUUUCCAGUAUAUUCAAUAGCUGAGCAUGGACCUACCGAGUGCCUUAUAGAUGUUCUUGAUCCACUUUUAGUAAAAUAUAAAGUCAGUGCAUAUUUUAAUGGACAUGACCACAAUCUUCAACACAUUCGUCAUCCAACAUCUGGAAUGAAUUACUUUGUUACUGGUGCUGUAGAUGUUGUGGAUCCUAGUAUGAAGCAUGUUGACAACAUUCCCAACGGAUCACUUCUGUUUCAUUGGGCUGAUAUAUUUGGUCUUGGUGGUUUUGCAACAGUAGAUGUGGACAAGAACGGAAUGGAAGUUAGAUUUCACAAAGCUUCUGUGCAACCCGGUGAUAUUCUGUACAAGUACCAUAUUCCCCCAAGAAUGUGAUUUAAUUAAUGAUAGAUACUUUAUAGUCUUUGGUCUGUAUUCGAGUGUAAUAAUAAUACAAUUAUUUUAUAUUUAAAAAAUAUAAUUGUUUUUACUAGU